AUGUUUUUACGAAAUGGAAAAACAAUUAACCAUUUUACACCAAUUAAUUUUACUGGAGGUCAAUUCAGAUUUGGAUCAAUAAUUUCACAUCAAUUGUUUUCACAAUUAGCUAAAAGAAAUUAUACAACAAACGCUUUAAUUAAAGUUUCAAAUAUAAAUGCUAAUAAAUAUUCAAAAUCUAAUUCCAAUACAAAACAAUUCGCCCACAAGAUUUUUCUAGCACUUUUUCCUAUUGCGGGAUUAUGCCUUGGUACCUGGCAAAUUCAGCGUUUACGUUGGAAAGUUGGAUUAAUAGAAGAAUAUGAAGAAAGGCUUUCUAAACCUCAAAUGAUUUUACCAAAAAGAAUAAAAUUAGAAGUUUUAAAUGAUUAUUUUUAUAGACGUGUUAAAACUUCUGGAAAGUUUCUUCAUGAUCAAGAAAUGUUAUUAGGGCCAAGAACUUUGGAUAACAAGCACGGAUAUUUUGUUAUUACGCCGUUAGAACGAGAAAAUGGGACCACGGUAUUAGUAAGACGUGGAUGGAUUUCUAAAGAUAAAGUCGAUUCUUCUACACGAAAAGAUAAUCAGUUUGAAGGAAUUGUUAAUAUUGAGGGAAUAUUAAAAAAAUCCGAAAAGAAAAACUGGUUCACACCUAAAAAUAAUCCGAAUCGAAAUGAAUGGUUAUGGAUUGAUGUAGAAACAAUGGCCGAAAGAACAGGAGCGCAGCCAGUAUUAGUUGAGCAAAGCUUAGAGGGAUCGCCUUAUUUGAUUAAUAAAAUGAUUGAUGAUGGUAUUCCGGUUGGAAAAAUUCCUAAUGUUGACUUACGGAACACACAUUUGCAAUAUGCGAUCACAUGGUACUCAUUGUCAGUUGCGACAAGUAUUAUGCUUUACACUCUCGUGAGAAAACCGCCAGCCGGACACUUUAAACGUAAAAUAAUGCAAGGAUAA